AUGGAUCUAGUUCAGGAAGAACAAGUUUCUAUCAAAGGGGAAAUCGACUAUGUCAAAAGAAAAAUAGAUCAGAUCUUUGAGACUAUACAAGCUCUGGCUAGAAGAGAGGAGAAGGCUCGUGUUUCCGCUGCUGCAAGGAAUGACGCUCAUGUUGAAGGGCCUCAUCUCCAAUCAGGACCUCCAGUUCCCAUUCCCAAUCCCAUGAUUUACGGUCUUCCUCCUAGUUUCACUCCUCCGCUCGAGGGAACUCAUGUGCCUCAACCUGUUUAUACUUUUGGGGUCGCUGAUGGAUUUGUUGCACAAAGGUCUCCUGUUGUAAAUCAAAUCCCCCAUCCUCUCACUGAUGAAGAUAUCCAAAAUGAGUAUGAAAUGCGGAAUUAUCAAAGGGCUGCUCUAGUAGUCAAUCCUACUUCUACUCAGGAUCCUGAAGCUAUGCAAAUGUGUGACGCCUUGGAAGAGAAAAUGAGAGGCAUGAAGGGGAAUAAUUCAACCAAUUUGGGUGCUCUGGAAAUGUGUCUAGUUCCUAAUGUGGUGUUUCCCCUAAAAUUCAAAGUGCUAGAGUUCGAGAAGUACAAGGCCCCCAGUUGUCCAAAUAUCCAUUUGAAAAUGUAUUGCAGAAAAAUGGGUGCAUAUGCCAGGGACGAUAAACUCAUGAUUUACUGUUUUCAAGACAGUCUGACUAGAGCGUCUGUAAAAUGGUAUAUGCAGUUGGAGCGCAACAACGUAGGUACUUGGGAUGAACUAGAUGAUGCAUUUGCAAAACAAUACAAAUUCAAUACUGGCCAAUACUAUGAAAGACUGAUCAGUAGUGUGUCUACAGGUUUCUCUAACAUGGUGAUUGUUGGUGAAAGGGUGGAAGAAGGUUUUAAAAGUGGAAAGAUUCAAGGAGGCUCUAGUAGCCAAAAUGGAGUGAGGAAACCCUUCAACGGAUAUAAAAAGAAUGAGUACGAGGCAAAUUCAAUCUCCUCUCAAAGAGGGAAAGCACAACAAAGGGCACCAGUCCCAAUGCCUUACUUUUCGUACCCUUAUAUAGCAGCGACACAAUAUCCUGAUAUGCCUUAUCUAUAA